AUGAGUGAGACUAAUAAUGUGAGUGAGGAAAGCAGUGAUGAUUCUUCAAUACGAUUUAUCAACAGAAAGUCUGGUCCAAGAAGACGUUUAUCGUUUUCCUCGGAUUCACCGGAUUGCAACAGUACAAACCCAACAAACACAUUGAUUGGGAGAAAAAGAAGUCGUAAUCAUGUUAAAUGGAUACGAAAUUUACAAAAGCAUAACAGGAUAAAAGAGGUUGUAUCAAAAAAAGAAGGCGCCCUACGAAUGAAACUAAAGAACGAAGAUCACAUUCGUUUACAUAUUACUUUCGAAAAGAGAGACUUGAUAUUCCCGUUUGUAAAAAAUAUUUUAGAGACACUUAUCAGUAGUCACUACACCAGAGCUCAUAAUCCAAGACGACAGUAUUUAAAUCCUGACUUAAAUAUUAAGAAGGUGUAUGAACUAUACGUCACAGAAUGUGAAAAGGAAAACGUAGCACCAGUGAAAGAAAAAUAUUACUAUAAUGUGUUCUCUACAAAAUUUAAUUUACAUUUUAAACAACCAUCAGAGGAUACAUGUCAAACUUGUGAUGCUUUCCAAAUAAAAAUUCAAUCUUCAGACGAUGAGGGAAUUAAGAUGGCAAAAAUUGAAAAGGAAACUCACUUAGAAGAGACUGAACGGGCUCGCAGUCAAAUGGCUGCCGAUCGAAUGGCAACAUCGGAAAAAUUGUUCGUAUUUUCUUUUGACUUGGAAAAAGCUUUAGCCUUUCCCAAGUUGACCACAUCUGUAGCUUAUUAUAAGCGAAAUUUAUAUGUUUAUAAUUUUGGAUGUCAUGAAUUCAAUAAAAAUAUAAGCCACAUGUUUGUUUGGCCAGAAACUGAUGGAUCUCGUGGUUCUCAAGAAAUUUCAUCUUGUCUAAUAAAGUCCAAACCCUAUCUCAUACAAUUCAAAUGUGACUGUAAUGAAGAUACAGAAUUUCAAGCCAUUAAUAUAAGAAAAUCUUUAGUGGGUAGACCGCACGGUUUGAAAAAUAUAGAUCAGCCUUUAUUAUAUCCUAAAGGUAGAACUGUGACAAAGGAAAAAUGGAGAGACAUGAUGGACCUGCUAAAAUUCAUUCCUCCUGUUAAACACGAUUACUAUAAGAACUUGUCAACAAAUCGAAAUGACGAAUCCUCGCAUACAGCUGAUGAAGAAGACAUUAUUUAUAAUAUUGCUGAAUCAUCCCAAAGAAUAAUGCCGCUAACAUAA